AGCAUCUUGUGCUAUAUAUACUAAGCUUGUUCUGCACGUUAACCAUUUACGUAAUAACGGGGAGGGGGUAUUCUUAGCCGCGGGUACAACGAGGAUCUGGGAGCACAAUAUUUGACACACAAGCUUCUGAGAGGACAUUCACAUCGGUGAAGGUGACGGUGUGUCCCAUGUGAUAAUUCGCCCGGGGGUGCGGCGUGGGGAUAUGGACCACGAUACGAGGACCAACACCUGUCCAGAAAACAACGCGUCAUGGCUUUCAAGAAUCUUCUUUACCUGGCCAAGCAGUCUGCUAGAACUUGGCAGUAAGAAGAUUCUGAGCAAUGAGGAUAUCCCCGACCUGUGUCCCCCCUGCACGUGCAAGACCACCUACCCCCGGUUUGAGAAGGAAUGGGAGAAAGAACUUCAUGCGUCAAGGUAUUAUGACGCUGUGAACACCACACAAGUCUCAAACGGCCACGUCUACCACGAAAAAUCCCCGCCCGACAACGGACCUCGAUCCUCUUCUAACCACACCGCGUCGCUAGUAUGGGCUUUACUGAGAACCUUUAGGUGGCGAUUCACCGCCAUCCAGUUCCUUCACUUGCUCUGUUUUUCCUUACUAUGGAUAGCCCCGAUACAUCUCAGGACAUUAAUCUCCUACGUUGAAAAGCCCUGGGGUGGGGCGUGGCAGGGCGGAGUUCUGGUGGCCUCUCUGUUCCUCAUUCAGGUUUUGGACAGCAUCUUCUACCAACAGUUUAUCUAUAUGAGGAACAAGCUGGAAAUAUCAACGCAGAAUAUACUAAUGGCAGCCAUAUUUAAAAAGUCCCUCCGUCUGUCUUCUGCGGGAAGGAAGAAUUACCCAAUAGGAAAGAUGUUGACUCUGGUUUCCACGGACGCUGCUGAGGCUGGCCUCGCCUUCAACUACGUCUCCUUCUCCUUCCUCAGUCCGCUCAACAUCGUCGUGGUGUUUGUGCAGCUGUUCCUCCUGUUAGGCCCCGCGUCCGCCCUGUCCCUGUUGGGGAGUCUUGUUCUAGUCAUCACCCACAUCCAGAUAGCAGGGGCCAUGCAGAAACUUCUAAAGAGUCGCAUGGAGAAACAGGAUAGCCGUAUGAAGCUGCUGACAGAGGUGCUGACGGGGAUAAAGGCUAUAAAGCUGCAUGCCUGGGAGGUGUGUUUCGGUGGCCGUGUAACAGACAGGAGGGACAAGGAACUGCAAGUUUUGUCGGACGUGUUUCUGUGGAAGAUUCCCUUAUUGCUCUCCACUACUGUAGCUCCGUUCAUGGUAUCGGCUCUAACCCUGGCCAUGUAUGUCUUCUGGUACGAUGACGUUCAUCUCGAUGCCGCAAUCAUAUUCUCCACUGUCUCACUACUCAAGAUACUCCGUCGGGGGCUGAACAUGACGCCAGACUUCUUUCAUGACCUUGCUAGGCUUCACACGCACGUGGGUAGGAUACAACAGUUUCUUCUUCAGGAUGAACAACCACAGCAUCCCCUUGAACACAAGACAUAUACAGAUUUUGCCAUACAAAUAAAAGGAGGGACCUUUUCCUGGGACAGAACAAUACCGCCAGUUUUAAAGGAUAUUUCAGUGAGUGUGUCAAGAGGAGGCUUGGUGGCGGUCGUGGGACAGGUUGGGGAGGGGAAGUCGUCACUGAUUAAUGCCAUUCUCAGGGAGAUGGUCGUCAUCACAGGCACUACAGACGUGCAGGGCAGCAUCGCGUAUGUCCCCCAACAAGCCUGGGUUCAGAACGACACCUUGGAGCAGAACAUCCUUUUCGGAGCCCACUUCGACAGAGAACGAUAUGACGCAGUCCUGGAGGCUUGCGCACUGGGGCCGGAUCUUGAAUUACUCCCUGGCGGAGAUCAAACAGAAAUCGGGGAGAAGGGCAUCAACUUGAGUGGAGGACAGAAGCAGAGAGUGUCUCUAGCUAGAGCUGUCUACAACGAUGCUGACAUCUAUCUCUUUGAUGACCCCCUAAGUGCCGUUGACAGUCAUGUUGGAAAGCAUAUCUUUGACAAAGUUAUAAGUAACAAAGGGCGACUAAGUGACAAAACUCGUGUCCUGGUAACCCACAACGUGUCCGUGCUGUCCCGAGUGGACACGAUCCUGGUCAUCAGCAACAAGUGUGUCAAGGAGCGUGGGUCCUAUGAGGAACUCAUGUCAAGAAACAGUGUCCUGAAGCAGGUGGUGUCCUCCUCGCCUGUAGCAGAUAUAGAUCAAAAAUCGUGGGACACAGAAAAUAAACCGACAGUUGACCAGCGUGUUCCUGCUUACAAGCAAAACGACUCUAAACAGAAAGGGCUGGGGAAGCUGAUCGAGGAGGAGAGCGUAGGGUUGGGAGGAAUGAGGAUGAACGUCUUCUCCAAGUUCCUGAACGCCUUUGGUUCCAGCCAUUGGUUGCUGAUAGGAGGGAGCUACUUCUUGUAUUACGUCACAGUGUCUUUGGCCAACAUCUGGCUGAGUGUGUGGGCCGAGGGCACGGUGCACCAUAACUCCACCAUACACCUAACACAGGGACAGAAGCCGUCAAACACCUGGUACAUAGGCAUCUACUUUGCCCUGGGAAUACUGCAAGCUGCGCUUGUCCUUGGUUACAGUGUUGUUCUCAAGGACUUUACAGUAGUGGCUUCAAGAAAGCUACAUUCAAAUAUGCUGGAAACGGUGUUGAAGUCACCAAUGAAAUUCUUUGACACAACUCCUUUAGGAAGAAUAACCAAUCGGUUUUCACAAGACAUAAACACCAUCGAUAAAGAACUACCCUUUACCUUUGAGAUUUGGAUGGAUUCAUGCUUUCAGACUUUGUGCUCUAUGUGUAUAGUGUUUUAUAGUGCUCCUGGCGUUGUGAUUCUGCUCAUUCCACUGAUAUAUUGCUGUAUUGUUAUACAGAGAUAUUUCAUCAGUACAUCACGUCAGCUGAAGCGGGCCUAUGUCAAGUCGCUAUCCGACGUGUUGAGUUUCUUCAGUGAGACUUCCCAGGGAGUUGAGCUAAUCCGGGCAUUCAAGGAGCAUGAGAGAUUUGCCACACGCUUCGUUCACCUCGCUGAGACGCACCAGAAGUUCAACUACUACAACUUUAUAUCAAACAGAUGGCUGAGCAUGCGUCUAAGCUUCGUGUGCCACGUGAUCCUUGCUUCCACGGCGUUGCUGAUCUUUCUGGAAGGGGAUGCUGUCAGCAGCGGCGUGAUGGGGCUUGCCUUGUCCUUUGCAUAUGAGACAAGCAAUGAUCUCCGGAUGUUUAUCAUUAGAAGCACAAAACUUGAUCUCAUGAGUGUUUCCGUUGAAAAGAUAAUGGAGUAUGCUUCCAUGGAAACAGAGGUAGACUGCUUUAACGGGGGUCAGAGCGUCCCUCCGACAUGGCCGAACCAGGGAGACAUACGAUAUCGGAACUUUUCUCUAAGGUACCGGUCUGGUUUACAGCUGGCGCUGCAUGACAUCAAUCUAUCAGUCAAACCAGGAGAGAAGGUGGGAGUCGUGGGAAGGACAGGGGCAGGUAAAUCGUCCAUGAUGCUCUCCCUUUUCCGUCUCAUCGAUCCUGUAGAGGGCGCUAUCGUCAUUGACGACAUAAACAUCGCCGAUGUCCAGCUCUCCGAGGUCAGGUCAAGGUUGACGAUAAUCCCACAGGAUCCGAUGCUAUUUUCGGAAACACUUCGUGUGAACCUUGAUCCAAUCGAGGCUUACGAUGACCAGGAGAUCUGGACUGCUCUGAGACACGCCCACCUUCACACACUGGUCAAGUCUCUUCCUGGUCAACUUCUCUACAAAUGUCAGGAGGGGGGCAAGAACUUCAGUAUUGGACAGAGGCAGCUUCUUUGCCUUGCAAGGACUCUUCUACGAAAAUCCAAAAUUUUGGUACUGGACGAGGCAACAGCAGCCGUUGACAUGGAAACAGAUGACCUUAUCCAGCAGACCAUCAGGUCGGAGUUCAAGGACUGCACGGUGCUGACCAUCGCCCACAGACUCAACACAGUCAUGGAUUACGACAGAAUAUUGGUGCUGAACAAAGGGAUUGUCGAGGCGUAUGACACUCCAGAGAGACUACUGCAGGACACGAAGGGAAUUUUUUAUGCCCUCGCCAGACAUGCUGGCAUCGUUUGACGAAGAGUGAAAGAAGGAAUAACAAUAUUCAGCAACUUCGAUUUCCAAGAAACAACAAUAUUUCACAUAGUAUCAUACAGUUGUAAUAAUUCUAAACUGAAAUGUGUAAUUCAACCUUGUUGAUCAUUAAAAGUUCAGAUGUAAUAUAAACUCGGGGUCAAAAGAAAGUAUAGGUCGGGUUUCAAAUAUGGAUAAAAUAUCGAAAACAAAACAUUUUUGUGUCUAAGAAAUUUUAGCAUAUUAUUCCUGGAUGUUCGUCAUUUAGACAGGCAUGGUGGUAUUCCCAACAUUCAAGAUAAAAUAAGAACUUAAACACACGUAGGGUAAGGAAAUUGACAUUUCUCCAACAUGUGAACUGGACGCAUCUAAUAACGUGUGUGAGCUCCCGCUGCAUUAGUACACGCAUCAACACGUCUUCUCAUGGAUGACGUCAAGCGUAGGAUGACGUGAUUUGGUCUUCGCAGCCAUUCUUCUCUCAGUGCUUGUUCCAUCUCUUGUCUGCUCUUUGGAACUUGAGAACGACGACGAAUUCGUCUGCGAAGUUGAUCCCACAGAUGUUCUUUCGGAUUCAUAGCCGGGGAACAUGCAGUCCAGGGAAGAACACUGACAUUGUACUGAUCAUGAUUUUGAACAUCUUGUGUCACUCUGCGAGGAUGGGGUCUGGCGUUAUCGUUCUGAAGAAUUAUCCCCUUUGGCUGGUUCUGUAAGAAAGGGAGUGCGACUGGUUGCAAAACUUGAUGCCUGCACUGACAGGCAUUCAGAUUGCCCUGAAUUAUCACUUAGCGCGUCUUCUCGUUGCCAAAUGUCUCCCCAUAAAAUGACGCUUCUACCGCCGUAUGGAUGCACUUCUCGAACGCACUCCCGUGCCAAACGUUAACGUUCUCCCCGACGUCUGUAAACUCUCUGUCUACCGUCACGAAAUAAACAAAGCCGACUUUGACAGUUUUUAACUUGCCAUCGAUGGACUUGUCCUGCCCAGCGUAGUCUGUCAUGUCGACGCUGUUGAGUCACAGCCAUGCUUCGGAAAGGACGAUAUGCUCGGAAUCCUGUAGAUCUUGGCUAUUGACGUUGACGUGACGAAUCUGUUUCGGAGAUGACAUUUCUGGUGUCCCCCGCCGUGAUGUUGCUGGAUUAUUGCUAAAACCACACUCACACACUCACUUUUCCGGAGAUAUAUCGUGCGAAUAUAGCGGUCUUCUUGAGCUGUUAUGACACGUGGUCUACCACUUUGCGGUCUGUCUUGGGUCCCUCCCGUCUGCCUGUCGUAACAAUUUCUCCACCGUCAGUGGGGUACAUCCAAACGUUUUGGAAAAUAUGGACUUGCAGCCAUUUGUGCCAUACCAAUUGCCCUCUCACUGUACAUCGAAGUCAAUCUGGCCAUAUUUUGAGUGUGCUUUUCUUAGAUGUGAUACUAAAGCUUCAUUUAAGCCAAUUUAUACCCGAUUUCAGCACGUGCAUGUCCUGCUACGAGCGGAAAACAUAGUUUACACAGUUUUCAUAACGUCAGCUGUACGGUAACGCGUUUUGUGUUUUGUUGUUUUUUUAUCGGUACUUGGACGAUUCUAGUAAACCAGUUUACUGUCCAUUAACUAUUAAAUGGUUAUAACAAAUGAAAAAUAUUAGCCUUUACUUUCUUUUGCCUCUUAGCUUAGUUCAUCAUUAUUCAUGACGGGAUUUGUCUCGUAAAUAACUCAUUUAAUAUUUAUUCUCGAAAUUUCAAACUUAUACUUUUAAGUUAUUUGCCCUUGACUAAGCUUUUCCGCCAUGUCUGCUGAUGAAUUUGAAUUAAAUUGUAUGCCUACUGAGACUAAACGGAAAAUGCUUGGUGAGAACAAGGCCUUACAUAGAGAAAUUGCCAUCUUAUUUUAGAUUUAUUUUGGUAACGAGAUCUUUAGAUAAGAUUUGUGAGUAGAGAUGACAGGCCAACAUAAUAGAUCAGAUGCUUCAGACCACUCAUGAGAGUUAGAAAUAGUCCCAUUCGAUAUAAUAACAUGUCUUGGAAAUACCGUUCCGACAUGAAAGGAUUCAUGUGUUGCUCACCACUGUUACAAUGUACGUAAAACAAACCAUUCUCAUGAACAUGUAAAAUUGCAUUUCAGAUAAUGUUGAAGAUGAGACUGAAGAGAAAAUAUACAAAAGUUUAAUGCUUUGAACUUCCUAGUAACACAGUUGCAUCCAUAGAUUAAAAUGUAUUUUGUAAUGAUUAUUACUUGAUUUGUUUGUUCGUAGAUAACAAUAGGUAAAUUACUAGAACUUUCUAAAGUAGCACUUCGAUACACACACGCCAUCUUAUGAAUGGAGCUGCGAUGUUUGUCAGAUACGAAUAUGUCGAAUGAACCAGACAGACUUGUCUUCUAGAAUGAAGUGUUAAACAGUAUCAAGGAUGUAUAUUUUUAAUAAAAAUGUGAAUUUGUC